UUAGAAGGUGUCUCGUGCGUUUACCCAUAUAUUUAACUUGUGUAAGCGCUGAUAUUAUUUUUGGAAUAUUCAAUGUAAUCAAGGUCAAACUUUAUAAAAAAGAUUUAAAUCGACUUCCGGGAAGGUUAACCACAGUUACCCGCCACAUUUCCUUCAUAUUAUGACACUAGUGAAUCAUGUCAGACAGUGGCAACAUCAGCUCUGAGAGCUGGGAGCGGGAAGGAGGCCCUGAAGCCAUGUCCAUGCAUAGUAGUAUCAAAAAGAGGUGGCAAUACAAUGAGCGCUGCGUUGACCCAGUUGAACCAGAAAAUUAUGGAAUAGAUUUUGGAGUAGUCCAAAACACCCAGCACAAGGAUGCUAAUGCCAGUGCUACAGAGACAGAAACAGUUACCUUUCUGCCUGUGAAAGCACAGCCUUCAUCAGGACCCUGCAUGUGUGGUACCUGUGCCUCAGUAAAGAGCUGUAGGACAUUUGUGUGCAGUGUGCUGACAUGUGGACUGUACCGUGUCUGUAUGCGUUUGCCAUGUCUGCUGCCUUGUGUGAUCCCAAAGAACGAGCCAGAAUGGAACAAUGGCUUUUAUCCAGAUAUUUUUAUUGGUGGUGUCAAAGUGGACACAUCAGUUCUAGAAAAAGAGCACUCGUGUAGCUCUUCUAUAGAAGAGCCGAACAGUCCAAUCUAUUUAAGUCAAAGCAUUAGAGAUCUUCAAGAUGAGCACUUUAAUUAUGAAGGCGCAAAUGAGGAUGUGGACUCAUUGAUCACACGGAAACUUCUUGAGGUUUUUUCUGAAUUUGAGAUCAAUGAACUGGCAAAAUGUUCUUCGGAUUCCAUGUUCCUAAAGCGCUCCCAGGAAAUCAGUCAACUCAUCUCUGACAUUGUCCAGGAGCACAAUAUUAAGGAGCAGGAGGCAGAAUGCCGGCUUGUGCGCGAGAUCAUUCGCAUCAGCACGCGUAAGAGCAAGAAGAACGCAGUCAGACAGCAGGAGCCCCAAAGAGACAGUGGCAAUGACACUUGGAAGACGAGCGACAAGAAGACUAUCUUCAACUCUAUAAGUGAUGGCAGUCUAAAAAUUUCAGAAGAGAGGUCAGAUGACAUAGAAGCUCGAAAGCUGCGGAACAACAGUAACCAGUAAGUGACUGAAUCCUGAAGCAAGCUGGUUGGUUCCACUUCCUGGUUCAGAAGCUCUACUAAGCUUGUUUUUAAGCUUUUUUUCUAUACAAACUUUAAAAGUAGAGGUGUACACACAUCAAGCUUAAUCUUCUACAACCCCAAAUCUGAAAAAGCUGGGACAGUAUGGAAAAUGGAAAACUCAGCAUUUUUUCACUUACGUUAUUGCAAACAGUAUGAGUCCAAGAUAUUUAAUUUUUUGUCUGGUUAAUUUCAUUUAAUUUGUUAUCAUACAAAUGAAUAUAUUAACUUGUUACAGCAGGACAUGAAUAGGAUGGUAAAGAACAGAUAAGAAAGACAACUGAAAAAAACCUUUAAAUUAAAAUUAAACGUAAAUUAAACAUAAAUACAAAGCUAGUUACAUGACAUUGCACACAUAGUGUAGUUAUUUACUCAAAAAGGUAACUUUUACCUCUUUUGUACUUGUGUUUAUGUAUUAUAUAUGAAUAAAAUAUACAUGUAUAAUAUAUGUAACAUAUUACAGACAGUGUGUACAUACUGUAUACUGUCUGUAAUUGCACAUUGUAUUGAACUUAUAUUGGUAGUGGGGUGACAGAAUAAAAAAUGUUAUGGAGAGUUGUUGUUAUAGAGUCCGACGGACAGGGCCGGAGUGGGCCACUUUUUCAGCCCGGGAGUUUCAUGCCCAAACCCGGCCCACUUUUUCCAUGGAGGAGGAAUUUGAAUAAAUGAAACAGCAGCUAGCUCUUACAAUGCCUCUUUAUUGGGUAUAAGUUCAGGUAUAUGUUGGUAAGUUAACAGAAAACACUUCACUUAAACAUGUUUAAUUUAAAUUUAAAUCAGAUAAAGAUUUAAAAGGUAAAAAAAUGUGAUAAAGAUGAAAACGUAUUUACAUUUGUA